AUGGAGGUGUACGUGGGAGAGGAGUACUGCGGGACUGGCCGGGGCGAGAGCAUGGGCGCUGCCCGGCCCCCGGGUGAAACUGAAGAGGUUACUUUAUACAAGAAGUACCUUAAGUUUGAAUGCCCUGCAGCCUCCUGUAGAAUUAAGGUAGGGAGUUGGACAGAACUCAUAGAUCUAGACAGAGUGCAAACUAUAAUGGAAUCAAUGGGAUCUAAGUUGUCUCCAGGUGCUCAGCAGCUCAUGGACAUGGUCCGAUGUCAACAGAGGAACAGUUCACCUUUUGGAAACAAACUGAAUUGGAUUAUCUUGGGGAAAAAUGCAGACUGUGGAGGUGACCGUGCAGUAGAUGGGUUGCACAGUGCAGCUCUUCAGCCAUCACUGGAUCCAUCAGCCAGUGAACCUUUGCCUGUUAAAAAUCAUCUAACAAGUGAAACAGAACAUGAAGACUUAAGAAUAGGCCAUGAUUUAAACACACAGGUACCUGAAAGAGGGAAUACUUCUGAUUCGGAAAGACUUACUACCCAGCAGAGUACAGUUGACGUCAGAGAUGAUUUUAAAGUGGUGGGAUCUUUGCGUAUGCAGGAACAAGAGAGUGGAACCCCAAAUGUAGCUACACCACAGGUGCUGCUUCCUUUCCUUCAGAACUUGUGCACUCAGGUAAAUCACCUUCGGCUGAAGGAUGGCAACAGGCACUCUGGUAAACAUGCAGUGGCUAAAGAGGAAGGGAUUCAGUGUGUCGG